AUUAUUUAGUACGCGCCGAGCGGUCGACUAUGGCGGACCGUACCGUACUCGGGCCAGCUAAGCUCGCGCUGCCCGGGAUAAACGCUUUAUCCGUAAUACAAGCUGUUAAAAAGCGCUUCCCGCUUUACGAUUCUUCGAAAAAAGAGUAUCAUGAUCGACAACUCAAGAAGCGGUUGUGGAAGGGAGUCUGCAAGGAGGUUUAUACGCCGGCCGUGUGGAAUUCCCUCACACGCGUCAGCAAACUGAAGUGUGAAAAAGAAGUAUUCAAGAGAUGGGGGUCUUUGCGCAACUGUUUUAGAAGACAACUAAUAGAAGACAAACUUCAAGCUACAGGAGGUUUGACCAAAAGAAAGAGAAGAUACAUUUACUUCGACGAGUUACAGUUUUUGAGACCCUUCUGUGAACUGGAGAAGAAACCGUCAAACUCCACCAAAGAAAGCAAGAAGAAGAAGAAUAAGUCACAUGAUGAAGAUUACGACAGCUCGGAGAAUUCAGACUUCGAUUCGAAUUAUAUGUUCGAUUCCGACGAUGAUACAAAAGAGGAGGACGGAGAUACGACUACUAUCAAGGAGGAGCGAGAGGAAGAUACAAGUAAAAGCUACACAGUAGAAAUAGAUAAUUUAUCUCAUGUCAAUGAAAAUUUUGGCCGAGACAAGAGACACGGUCCAGAAGACGACGACGAUCUAUUUCUUCGUUCCCUCGCUCCUGUUUUAAGAGAGAUUAGAGGGGACCAAAAAUUAGUCUUAAGAAUGGAAAUUAUGAAAUUGAUCAUAGAAUUUAAAAGCUCAUUAAAUGUUUAGGUAUUAGGUUGUUAAGCUGUAAUGUAACAAGAUUCCAGUAUUUUAUAAUGCAGAAAAUAAUAAUUUUGUUGU